CACCAGCGCAGCGUUUCCUUCACCCAGAGUUUGCCGACAAACUUAAAAUACAUUUCACUCUGUUUUUAUGUCUCUUUAUGUCGCAUAAAUGCCGAAACGUCGGUCCAGAGCUCCGGGUUUCGUUGCCGUCUGCGUCUGCGUUCAUUGCUAGGUGAUGGACGGGCAGCAGAUCCAGGUGAGCGACGAAGAGCCCAUAGUCCUGAGAGAAGAAACCCGGAGGAGGAGAAGAAAGAAGGCCAUCACCUCGUCCUCCUGCACCUCCAUGGAUCAGAUCACUGUUGAGUUCGUUCUGCCCACCGUGGCGCGGGGCGGAAACAGCCCUGACACUCUGCUGCUGGAGGUCGCUGGAAACUGGACGGUGGAACAGGUGAAAGCUCAGGUGUGGCUGAAGGCGGUGACUCUAAAUCUCUGUCCUGACUUCUACCAUCGCUUUUCUCCCGACCACUGCAUCCUGCUCUACCAGAAGAAAGGCAACGUCUGUGAGAUCUACGACAAGCACCAAGUCUUCCAGACGCUGGACUGCAUCCGUUACUGGAGAGCCCUGAAGAAAGACGUUGGCCGGAUCCAGCUGGUUCCCCGUCCGCAGCCCUCAGACGAGUCCCUGCAGUACCAGCGCUACCUAAACUACCUGAUCGGCUACGACGUGACUGAUGUCAGCAAUGUGCACGACGAUGAGCUGGAGUUCACUCGUAGGAAGCUGCUGACGCCAAGACGCAUCGAGCUGUCUGACCGUGAUGCAAAGCUCUACUCCAUGGACCCCUGGGUGACCCGCAAACCGCUGCCUGAGCACCUUCUCAGCAAGGUCAGUAACGGUCACAUCCUGGUGGUGAUCCACAUCAGCACAGCCAGCCAGACCAUCAAGGUCUCCAUUGACGACACGCCAGCGCAGGUAUUGGUGAGCUUUUUCGCCAAGACGGCAAAUAAGAGAGUUUUGCUGGGGAUUCCUGACAACAUGUGUGAAGCAGACUUUGUGCUCCGUGUGUGUGGAAGGGAGGAGUAUCUUUAUGGAGAUAAGCCGCUGCAGAACUUCAACUGGAUCCGUCAGUGUCUGAAGAACGAGGAAAUCCACCUGGUUCUGGAGAAGCCACCUGAUACAGACCUAGAUCUGGUUCAGAAGGAGGACUGGGCACAAGUGGAUGACUGCACCGGAGUCGCAGGUACACAUGAGCAGUUGACCAUCGAUGAGAAGGACCAUGAACGAGUCUUCACUGUUUCUAUGUGGGACUGUAACAGGAAGUUCAGAGUGAAGGUGCUGGGUAUUGACAUCCCAUCGCUCCCCAAAAUCCCAGAGUUUAUUGUCUUCAUAGAAGCCAGCAUCUUCCACGGCCAGCAGCUUUUAGCUCAGGAGAGGACGUCUUCUAAAACCUUCAAUGAAGAAGUGCUGUGGAACAGCUGGUUGGAGUUUAACAUAAAGAUCAAGGACCUGCCUAAAGGGGCACGACUCAACCUCCAGGUGGUUUGUGGGAAGCAGCCUCUGACACCAAACUCCAAGGGGGCAUCCACCUACCAGGACAAUACAGCAGGCACAGGCAGCCAUGAAGGAAAGACCAAGAACCGUCUUCUGUACUACGUCAACCUGCUGCUGAUCGACCACCGCUCCCUGCUGCGCCAGGGCGAGUUUAUCCUCCACAUGUGGAAAAUGCCCGAGAAGAGCGAGGAAAGCAGCAGCAGCAUCAACGCAGACAAGCUCACCUCCGCCACCAACCCAGACAAGGCAUCUGCCAUGGCCAUUGCCAUCCUGCUGGACAAGUACUGCUACCCCGUGGUGCUGCCCAAGAGUCGAGACGUGGGCCGGGACGUCGGGGCUGGGAGCGAGGAGGCUGAGGGAGGGGAGCGAGGCCAGAGAGAGAUGCCCAACCACCUGAAGAAACAGUUUGCGGCUAUCGUGGCUACUGACCCCCUACAUCCACUCAGUCCGGAGGACAAAGAGCUGCUGUGGCACUUCAGGCAUGAGUGUAUGCGUGACCCCAGAGCCUACCCGAAGCUCCUGGGUUCAGUCAGGUGGGGGAAACAGGAAGAUGUUCUGGCAACACACCGCCUAUUGGAGCGCAGCAGCGCGUGGGACAGCAGUGGUCUGGAUGUUGGUCUGGCCAUGCAGCUGCUCGACUGUCACUACUCAGAUGCUCAGGUUCGCUCAAUGGCUGUCAGGAAGCUGGAAACCCUGGAAGAUGACGACGUGCUCAGAUACCUGCUGCAGCUCGUGCAAGCGGUCAAGUUUGAGCCGUACCAUGACAGCGCCCUGGUCAGGUUCCUGCUGAAGAGAGCUCUGAGGAGUAAGCGUAUCGGUCAUUUUCUCUUCUGGUUCCUGCGCAGUGAGAUCGCCCAGUCAAUGCACUACCAGCAGAGGUAUGCUGUCCUGCUGGAGGCUUACCUCAGAGGCUGCGGUGAAGACAUGCUGCAGGACUUCAGGAAACAGGUGGAGAUGACGGAAGCUCUGCAGAAAGUCACUCGUGAGAUGAAGGCCAUGUCUGCUGACAAGUAUGAUAUCACUGCACAGGUGGUGUUUCAGCUGCGUCAGAAGCUGGAGACUCUGCAGUCAUCCGGUCUGCCGGAGAGUUUCAGGGUCCCUUAUGAUCCUGGACUAAGAGCUGGAGCCCUGUUGAUCGAGCAGUGUAAAGUGAUGGCGUCUAAGAAGAAGCCGCUGUGGCUGCAGUUUAAAAGGGCCGACCCCAGCACUCUGUCCAAAGACCCCAUCGGCAUCAUAUUCAAAGACGGAGAUGACCUCAGACAGGAUAUGCUCAUCCUGCAGAUUCUGCUGAUCAUGGAGUCGAUCUGGGAGACUGAAUCCCUGGAUCUCUGUCUGUUACCGUACGGCUGCAUCUCCACUGGAAACAGAAUAGGCAUGAUAGAGAUUGUGAAGGACGCCACCACCAUAGCUAACAUCCAGCAGAGCGUUGUUGGAAGCACCGGAGCUUUUAAAGAUGAAAUCCUUUAUCAGUGGCUGCGGGACAAGUGUGUCAGCGAGGACAAGUUCCAGCAGGCUGUGGAGAAGUUCCUGUACUCUUGUGGUGGCUACUGUGUGGCUACCUACGUUUUGGGUAUUGGGGAUCGCCACAAUGACAACAUCAUGAUCACUGAAUCUGGGAAUCUCUUCCACAUUGACUUCGGUCACAUCCUGGGGAAUUACAAGAGUUUCAUGGGAAUCAGUAAGGAGUGGGUUCCCUUUGUGCUCACGCCAGACUUCCUGUAUGUCAUGGGAACAUCGGGAAAGAAAAGUAGCCCCAACUUCCAGAAAUUCCAGGACGUGUGUGUGAAGGCCUACCUCGCUCUUCGGCACCACACCAACCUGCUCAUCAUCCUCUUUUCCAUGAUGCUGAUGACCGGCAUGCCGCAGCUGACCAGUAAGGAGGAUAUCGAGUACAUCCGUGAGGCGCUGACUGUCGGCCGCAGCGAGGACGAGGCGCAGCGCCACCUGCUGGACCAGAUCGAGAUCUGCAGGGAAAAAGGCUGGAUGGUUCAGAUCAACUGGUUUGUUCACCUGGUGCUGGGGAUCAAACAGGGGGUGGAGAAACGGUCCACUUAGGACUCUGUUUGCACGAGUUUUCUUCUUAGAACUUUUCAUUAAGGCAAAUCUUUUGUUUUUAUUCGAUGUAAAUAAGAGUCCUACAAGAUGGUUCUACUUAAGAAUGAAAAGUCCUAAAAGCUAUAAAAGUGAUUGCACAAAA